CCAGACACUCAUGUGAAGUAAAUAAGGUGGUGUGUUGUGUCAAAUGUCCACUCGUACACAUCCUUCGCAAUAACCUCGGCAAUAUACUAAAGAAAACCAUGGCGUUUAGCGAGGAGAAAGCUCAACAUUUGCUGAUGGACGCUGAGAAAAAAGAAAAAGCAUCUGUCGGAUUUUUUGCUUCACUUUUCGGGUCACAGACUAAGCUUGAGGAUGCUGCAGAAUUGUAUGUACGAGCUGCCAACAUGUUCAAGAUGGGGAAGAAAUGGGCUGAGGCAGGAAGUUCCUUUUGUAAAGCAGCAUUGUUACAGCUGAAGGUUGGAAGUAAUCAUCAGGCUGCUACAGACUACGUAGAUGCUGGAAACUGUUAUCGGAAGGCUGACCCUAACGAGGCUGUAACGUGUUUAUUGAAAGCUGUAGAAAUAUAUACGGAUAUGGGACGAUUUUCAAUUGCAGCGAAGCAUCAUGUCAAUAUUGCUGAGAUUUAUGAAACAGAACUGGUUGAUAUUGAAAAGGCUAUAACGAGCUAUGAACAAGCAGCUGAUUACUAUAAAGGAGAGGAGUCCAAGAGUUCAGCCAAUAAGUGCUUAGUAAAGGUAGCUCAUUAUGCAGCCCAGCUGGAGCAGUAUGAAAAGGCAAUAGAGAUAUAUGAGCAGAUUGGAACUUCUUGUAUGGAUAACCAGUUGCUCAAGUACAGUGCUAAGGACUACUUCUUCAAGGCAGCCAUGUGUCACAUGUGUGUAGAUGUACUCAAUGCUCAAAUUGCAAUCAAGAAAUUUGAGGACAUAUUUCCCCAGUUUACCGACUCGAGGGAGUGCAAACUUGUCAAGAAACUAUUGGAGGCAUGUGAAGAACAGAACACGGACACAUACACUGAUGCAGUGAAGGAAUACGACAGUAUCUCCCGACUGGACCAGUGGACGACUACCAUACUCUUACGUAUCAAGAAAACAAUCAACUCGGAGGACCUCCGAUAACCUCUCAUCGUCUAAUCAUUACUGUUAGCCAAUUGAUUUCAUUUUGUUAUUACGCUGUGACAUUUGUCACCGUUAUGUAUAUCAGUGAGUAAUGCUGGUGGUUAGAAUCUGUAUCCACCCCAUCCCAGUAUUGAAUAGUCUAACCGCCUGUUUUGUUUUAUUAAUAAACUGUAGCAUCUUGGUAUUACAAUUUCAUUAUUUUCAAGGUUCUUGUCCAUUGAGUAGAUAUUGUUUUAGGACAUAUUUCAACUGUAACCCAAUUGUAACAGUUUGAUGAAAUGCAAAUCAAUGCUAUGCAUUUGUAUCAUAGGCUGGUCACAGAUCUUUUCAGAUAUAUUUCAUCUGAAAUUUUAAAAAUAAGUUUCAGAAGUCAAAUGUUAAAAUAGAUGGACAAUAAGCUUUCAGUUUGUUUUAAAAACUUUUUUCAUAUUGUAUUAUUAUCUUAUUGUCCACUGAACCAUGCAACACUAUUUGUUUCAUUGGUACAGUGUUCUUGUGUGAGAGGUCAUAGGUUAUAAUUAACUAGGUAGGUCAGAGGUCACCAGGAUCAGAGGUCAUUCCCAUUUAAUGUGGAAAACUGAUUAUUUUAAAAGGAAAGUAUGUUCAUCUUUUAAUGAUUCAACCUUGUAACUCUAAAAACUGGUUGUGAGAUAUGGAAUCAUGAGAAAAUAAUCAGAUCUUUUUGUUAAAAGAAGGAUUUUAUCAAGAUUUUAUAACUCUUUGUGUUUUCAUACAAUAUACCAUCAGAAUAAAAAACCAUACAAUUGUGUGUCUAUAUUAGCAGUAAAUAAGACCCUGUUUACACACAUAUUGGUUUAUUGUGUUUAAUUUGUGUGUUAAGUUUCCUCUGUAUAUUAAGGUGGAACACUAGUAUUUACUGGGAGACAUGUUGUGUAGCCUGUUAUGUGUGUUGUCAUAGGUACUGAAAUUAUAUAUCUUGUCACACAAGAACAAUUUGUUCGUAAGAAUUGUGUGUUCACUAAGCAUUUCACGAAAAAAAUCUAAGUAUUUAAAUAGGUGAACAAACAUUUGUUGUCUUCAUUUAAGAAUAGAACUUCGGACUACACCCCGUUGCCAUGUUAUGUUUGUACAUGUAGUUUCCUGAGGUUUACGUUUCUGUGCCAGAUUUGAAUAUGUAACAGAUAUAGCAAGUUGGUUAGUAUCAUGUCCUGUUUUUACUUUCACAGUACACUUUUUGUCAGUGUUAAAGAUGGAGAGUGGACGAGUUGUGAUACAGGUCAGCACAUUUUACAUACCGUAAAUUGUAAAAGUCGAUAUGGUGUAACGCCGGUCAACAUACCUUGUCAGUGUAAAACACACAGCAUUUACGAGAUGUAAUACCGUUAGAUAAUUUAUGAAACUUAAUUGUUGUUUUGCUGUACUUGAUUGUCAUCACUUAACAGGCUAUCCCUCUGAUAUUGUAUAUUAUACAUAUUUAUAUGCAUUUGGCUGGUUAAAUGAUAUACCAUUAAAACUGAACAUGAUCAGAAUCAUCACAACAGUACCAUUGAAGAAUAACACAUACCUGGAUUUUGGUCACGUGUGAGUGCAGCGUACUAUUGAUGCAUUGUUCCUAAUUAGCAGAAUAAAAUAAUGUUGAGAAGAAUAACUUGGUCUUAAACAGUUUGAUGUUGAUUAUAUGGUUUCAGAAAGGGGACAUACCGAUUCAUCUUUCUCAUAUAUGGCAACAUGGAAAUUUGCCAAAAAUAAUGUUUUGGUACUAUAUUUUUUUUUAAAUGCUUGUCAGGAUACAAAUAUGAAAUCAUGUAAGGUUGGAAAUCAUUUGUGUUUUGUUUGUAUACCAUUAGAAUUGAUUUAUUUUCAUCUGACCAUGCUAAAUCAAUGAUUUACCCAUCAUUUUUUCUCCAUCAAAUCAAAUAAAAAAUGCUAUUGUUGAACAUUCCUGUUUUAUGAAGUGAGUUGGAACUGCUGGGUUACCUAGUCAUACUUGUGUUUAAACGUCAGCAUUUGUGUAACUUCUAUACUUUUGUAAUUCUCUGUUGUAAGUGAAUUGUGAGGUCUGUUAUUGUUAAAACCCUAACAUGGGGUUAAAUACAGGGCCAUUGUUACUACAGCAGAGUCAACAGUGUGUCCGUUCAGACUGAAGUUUCUCUUACCGGUGUUAGAUAUCCUUUUCUCCCACCCUGGACAGGUGGAUCUCUUACCCUGGACAGGUGUAUCCACACUUUUACCGGUGUGAGAUAUCCUUUUCUCUUACACUG